UAAUAUAAUAAUAGCUUAUUUUUAAUAAUGUACCACCAAUGACACGAUCACGUUAACGUUUUAUAGUUGGACAAUGAAUUCCUAAUUAAAAACAGGUGAAAAACGAAAAAUGGGACCAUUUUGCGAAACUGAAGACUUUAAAACUUAUUUAAAAAUCUAGAAUUACAACGACUUUCAAUCGCACAGUGCGUAAUCGAUGCCCGUGUAUCUCAUGUCAAUUAAUGAAAGACACGAGUUCUUCGCGAUGAAUCCGUACGUGACUAAAAUAACAACGAGGAGGAAUAAAAUUACUGCUUGUUCGAUCGAUCGAAUUCUCAACUCGUUUAGAAUUUGUUCUACCAAUCUGAAAAUCUAGACCGCUGAUAUUCCUUCGUGACGAAAGAGAGUACGUUAUCUCGAUCUCGUGAUACACAGUGGGUGGGACCUUUCAUAACGCUUCGCCUCGAAACGAAAUUUCGACGAUGGCAUAGGUAGGAUAAAUUUGGAACGACCAUCUCGAAACGAAACGUGCCUGUGUGUUCCACGUUAGUUCCGCAGUUAGUUUCGCUCCUCCAACGUCGCGACGAGAGCGGAACUCGUAUAUUUCAACACGUGUCGUUAAAAUAAAAGAGAGAGAGAGAGAGAAAGUUCGUGAGCAGAGGAUUUUAAUUUUACAAUCGAAACACUAAAUUUCGAACGUUCGUACAAACUCAUACUUCUCUGAAUGAAAAUGGGAAAUACUAUUUGUUAAAAUAUUGCAAAGAAUAUUACAGCUUCGUGCAUUUUUUUUGUGUUUGUCGUACCUCUGCAUUCCAUUAACCAUGUUGCGCUGGGACAACUGAUUGCGGACCAUAACGAGUGACCGAGCCGUACACGAUAAUUCGUCGCUUUCUUUUCGAACUCGCGCAAGAGGUUAAUAAAGCGAAUAGCUUUAUCGCCACCGGCCGAGAAAUUCAUCGUGUGGUAGUGGUAUGAUAAGGGACAAAUUCGAAGAAAGGAGAGGAAAUGCAGUGAGGUGGUCCUUCGUGGAGAAGGGAAGGCGCUUCGAAUCGGGAAGGAACGAUGCCACGUUCGCGGCCGGAAACGUUCGAACUGAUGGUAGAGGCCGAGAGGCCCUCCAAGUGCAUCAGGUGCCUCCGUUUCCUGUGGAAGUUCUUCAGAUGCGUUUUCUCCCACGUGUCGCUCGUCUCGUUGGUCGUUCUCUACUGUCUCAUCGGCGCUUAUGCUUUCGAGGCGCUCGAGGCCACCCACGAGAAAGAGAUUAAAAAAGGCAUCAAAGACAUCAGGGGGAACGUGGCGGAACAGCUGUGGAAGAUCACGAAAGAGGUGGAGGUUCUGAUUCGUGAGAAUUGGACGGACAAGGCGUUACGCGAAUUAAAGAGCUUCGAGAACAACCUCGUGUGGAUGAUGGAGAAGGAGGGUUGGGACGGCAGCGAAGGCGAGGACGACAUCCAAUGGACUUUCGCCGGCGCUCUCUUCUACUCCAUCGUGGUCAUUACUACAAUUGGUAAGACUAAUCAUCGUUAACACACAAUGAUCUUUAUAACAACGUAAUAAUCUU